AUGCCGGGGAUUGGCGUGGACCAGCCGUUUAGUCAGCAGGAUCUUGAGCAGAAGAAGGCACUGUUGGCUCAGAUGGCAAAAAUUGUCAAAGCCCUGCAGGCCUAUAACCUGCCGUCUACGAUCACUGGCUACGGAGGUCUGACGUUCAACGAAGGUGGUGAGAUCGUCAGUGCAGCUAUGCCCACGGUUGGCGCUGGACCUUGGCCGUCUUACCAAGCGUCAUGUCAAUACCGCCUGGACCUGGCCCUCAAAAAGGCUGAUUCAAAUCCAUACAUCAAGGGAUGGCGAGCCAAUGGGCUUCGGGAGCGCAUUGAUGCUUUCGUCCAGCGGGGCGUUCCGGCUCAGUUCGAGUCGUUGAGCGAUAAGGAUGACAAGGUGGUGGUGCACUGUGAUUUUAGCCCAACCAACAUCUUAUUUGACGAAGCCUCGGGGCGUAUAACCGCCCUCAUUGAUUAUGACUUUUCCUGGAUCUCUCACCCCUCUUACGAGUUUCUGCGCUCAUUCGAUGGUCUCGGGGGCCAAUUUCGAGGCUGGUCCAGCGACGAAGAGAGCCAGGAAGCAGCGUUGAGAGAUGCCAAACUCCAUGGGUUUCCUGUCUCCCUACCAUCCACCACCGAGUCAGACUCGGGAGUUGAUUGGGUUGUUGCGAAGGCCUGGGAGGAGGCAUUGGAGGCUGAAGGAGUCAAACCACCAAGGACUAUGGAAGGUAUCGAUAAGGUGGCUGACGUUGACACAAUCCUAUGUGCUAUUUUGCCAUGGCGCGUGACCAACGCCGACAUCUUUGCUCGCCAGACUGAGGAGGUUAUCAUUGAAUGCAGAAACAAUAAUGAGGAGCAUCUGGACAAGUUGUUGACCCACCUAGGAUUCUGAUCUCUGGUACAGUAAGGCAAAUAGUCGGUUGGACGUGGUUUAAAUGGUCCAUGGGAGCGGACUUCGAUGCAGUGGACGCAGAAGGAGGAAAAUCGAUAUUUUACGUGCUCCGCGUUCUAGAAAAGUUUUUUUUAUGUAUUAAUGCCAAUAAUGUAUCUUUUGGCUUACUAAAAUGAACAGAGAUAGACACAUGCUACAAAAUAUACAUAGGUAGGCA